UCAAAGAAGAGGGCUCUUCCCCACUUGUGUAUAUAAGAGGAGAGAGGACUCUCCUUUUCUUCUACUUUGACAAAAGGAAAGGGACCUCCCCCUCCUCUCAUAGGGAUCUACUUUCGUAUCUAUAUAAAUCAUCAAACAGGGGAGAAAUAAUCAAUCUACAAAUGGAAGCAUCCGCGGCGCGGUGGUUCGCCGAUUUGGGAAUGGAAGAUCCUAUGUUCUUUCAUCAGUGGGAGACAAGCCAGUUGGAUCACUUCACCACACAGCAAAUUGCCGCGGAGUUUGAUCAAGACCUGCAGCAAUCCCUCUCCUCGGAGAGCUGCACCAAUUCAUUCCCCAAUUCCUACCAUCCACCCACCACCGCCGCCGCCGCCGCCGCCGCCGUGUCGAACACCUUCCACUCCGCUUCCGCCGCGAAUUCGAAGCCCCCCGAGAGGCCGAAGAAGGCGCUGAAAACCAACAGCUGGGACUCGUGCAUGACCGCCGACCGCAGCUCCGCCGCCGCCGCCGCCGCCGCCGCCGCCGCGCCCGACGCUUCGUCCCCGACCAUCCUGUCGUUCGGCAAGCCAGUCUCGCGGAAGAACGAGCCGAGCCUGUAUUCGGAGUUCCUCGCGACCGUGAAGCCGAAGGAGGAGCUGGAGUUCUCUAACGUCCCUCAUGGCCUGAAGAGAAGCUAUGAGGCAAUGAGUUUUCACGGCGUCAAGAAGGCGAGCGCGAAUUCUCGACCGGCUUCUCAUAACCAGGAACAUAUAAUAGCCGAGCGGAAGCGCCGCGAAAAGCUCAGCCAGAGAUUCAUUGCACUUUCUGCAAUUGUUCCUGGCCUCAAGAAGAUGGAUAAGGCUUCUGUUCUUGGGGAUGCCAUCAAGUAUUUGAAGCAGCUGCAGGAGAAAGUAGACACCCUUGAGGAGCAGGCUGCGAAGAGAACGGUCGAAUCCGCCGUUCUCGUGAAGAAGUCGCGGUACUCCCCCGACGACGAUAGUUCGUCGUGCGACGAGAGCUCCGGCGAUCACCAACACGGCCAAUCACUGCCCGAGAUAGAGGCGAAGAUAUCGGAGAAAGCCGUGCUAAUCAAGAUCCAUUGCGAGAACCGCAAGGGAGUGCUGGUGAAAGCGCUUUCGGAGAUCGAGAGGCUGCAUCUUUCGAUCGUCAACACGAGCGUCGUUCCCUUCGCUAACUCGUCGCUCGAUAUCACCGUCAUGGCCCAGGUUGAAGAGGAGUUCUCUUUGACUGUGAAGGAUCUUGUGAAGAAGCUGAACAUGGCUUUCAAGCAAUUCAUGUGAAGGAGCUUCAAACAAAACAAGCAUAGCUAC